ACAGGAGGAGGAUUCUCCAUAUUACAUGCAAAUAACAUUCUUUAAAAAUUUCUCAACCUGUGUCAUCAGCUUUCUUCUUUGUGAACGCCUUACAAAUUCAAAAAAACAACCUAUGAUUAAAUUGAGGAAUCAAAUUCAAAUAUUAAAUGAACAAAAUAAAAGAAAAUGCUUCCUAAAGUGAAAUGUCUGUACAAAGGACUUUUCCAGAGUUUUGCUCUCUUGCCUGAAGAGGUUUUUUUUUAGGUAACAAGGUACCUAAAAGCCUCAAAAUGAAAGAGUUCUGUAAUAAAAAUUAAUAAUAAUUAUACAUACCCCUCCCCUUUGAAAUAUACUAAAACAAUUUCAAACAACUUUGAGUAUGACGUGUUUAAUUAAAGACCUAAAAUGAAUUUUUGUUAUCACCAUGCCUUGAUGUGGAAUUGAGAUAAGAUUACUCAGAGGCCAGCUGGCAGGUCAGCAGUAUUACGGUUACAAAUUCGAGUCCUUGGUUCCUGACCCUGUGCUGGUUCCUGUAAGCACAGCCCCUUCAGCAGUACUCUCGGUAAGACUUCGGGGUCCAAGGUAGCUAUUCAGCUGACAUCUUGUUAUGCUGUAAGCACUCUCAGUGCUAUGAAUGAAGCCUCAGGAAGAGCAAGCUGCUUCAAGCCAUGGUUUUUCAAUGGUCAUCACCUGCAGAAGCCAUUGAACACUUCAAGUCUCAAGAAAUAUGGUUUGCCCCACCUCAAUUCUAUGAAUUGUGUAGGCUGUGCAACUUCUCUUCACUCCAUGAGUUACACAAGUUCAGCUCUGAUCGAGCUCUAGAGGGAUGUGAACAAUGGAUGCCUGUGGUGUUAACUGCUUCCGAUGGCUACAUUCAUCUACUGCCAGGAGAUGAGUUAUAUCCAGAAGAUCCAGAUUAUACAGGAGAAAAGAAAAUAAUCAUGUCAACAGAUAAGAAGGUUGAAGAUAUCAUGAAAGAGGGUAGUGUAUUUCACAGGAUAGUAACAAAGAACAUCAACAAUCUUGCUGUCUAUGUUAAUAUUCAACCAAAAUAUAAACAUAUGAAUCCAUUGAUGAUAAAUUCUGAUUGGGCAGGUUACAAUAGCAGAUUAUAAUAUUUUUUGUUCAAAGCUAGAAUAUUUUUAAUUACAUACAUAGUCAGUGUGGGUUUGGUCCUUUCUAACCAUUGCCAAAUAGUCAGGAAAAUAUUCCUUUGUCUUGCCAAAUUGUUUUCUGUGUGCCAUUUGAGAUUUAUGUGUACCUAAUUCUUUGAGUCUUUGAAACAGUUAUGUGAGUUACGAUGUUCAGAGGCUACUGAAAAAUUAACAUAACCAUCAAUUUAAUUACUGAUUAACUUAAAUGCAAUUUGAAGGUAAUUAUACUGAGCCAUUACCGCCUUAUUCUGCUUACAUACCAAUUGAAUAUGCUGCAACAUUGGUCUGUUGGGCUACACAGGUCCUUUUCUCACUGCAGAUGUAAGUAUAUAUAUAAUGUUCUGAACAAGUACAUUUUGAGUUGAAUUCUUUCACUAUGCUUCCCAAAGUUAUCCAUUAGACACCUGUAAUGUGUGUCUAGGAAUGAAUGAAAUCUCCUGUUCUGUAUCUGCUGACAUCUCCCAGUCUAUUCUCUUCCAUUUUGGGGAAAACCAGUGCAUAUGUAUAUUCAUUAGCCAAUAAUCACUUUAAUUAUUAUAUAAAUAUAAUACAAAUUAUUAUAAAGUUAGUGUUUAUAUUUGAUGUACCUAAACUCUUUCCACUAAUGGUAACCUAUUCAAAAUUUACUAUUCUCAAAGAUAGAUGACUUUGUCUAAUUUAUCUGUAUCAGACUGAGUGUAUUCUCAACAUUCUUUUUAUUCAUGAUCAUUUUUAUCUUCAAGUUGUUAGCAAUUUAAAAAAUAGAAAAAUACAUUGUUUAGCUCCAAAAAGAUACCAACAACUGCAGGGAAUAAUGUACUACCUUGGAAACACCCACUUCCAUAUUUUAACUUAUCACAUUUUGCUUUUCAACUACUUUACUAAAUACGUCUGAGAUUUAAGAACUUCAGAGGCAGGAUUGCUUCUUGCUUUUUUGUUUCGGAUUUGUUUGGUUGGUUUCAUCUUUUUGUGCAAUAAGUGGAGUAAAUGAAGCAGUGAUACACAUUCUUUUUGCUCUUGAAGAAGAAUGAAUGAUGACUUGAGAUUAGCCAGUAAAGUUGUUCAGAAAGCUUCGUUCCAGCUUUUGUUCUGUAUUUCAAUUAAAAUCUUAUGCAAUAUUUUCAUUAAA